CCGGGCGGGCUGGGCGCGCAUGCGCAUUGCGCGGGAGCCGGGAGGCGGUGGCGUCACGGAGAUGAGCGGCCUGGGUGUCGUGGCCUGGCUGUGUCUUGGCGCAUUGGUGGAGGCGGCGCACGAUUCAGAAAGAAUCCUCCUUCGAGAAGUCCAAGCUCUGACACUAUAUAAUGGACGAUAUACAAAUGGCCGGAGAACUAACCCCGUGCCCCAGCUGCAGUGUGUUGGCGGCACAGCUGGCUGCACUUCCUUCAUUCCACAAGUGGUGCAGUGUUAUAAUAAAGGCUGGGAUGGCUAUGAUGUACAGUGGGAAUGCAAGGCAGAUAUGGACAUUGCUUAUCGAUUUGGAGCAAUCACUGUCAGUUGUGAAGGUUACAACUAUCCAGAAGAUCCUUACAUUUUGAGGGGAUCUUGUGGCUUGGAAUACGUUAUAGAUCUUACUGAGGAAGGUCAUCGUAGGAAAAAAGAUAAUUCUGGAUUCGUUCAUCGCUCAUCUAACUAUGAAAAUCCUGUGGUAUUCAGCAAUUCGUCUGAUAUUAUGGUGGUACUCUUACUAUUUGGCCUUGCCUAUUUGGUGUAUAUGACAUGUUUGAGAAACCAACAGAAUGGUAACCAGCCUGGCCCAGAAGGUGAUGACGAUUUUCACAGCACAGCAGGUCCUUCAACAUGUCCACCGCCUCCUGGCUUUAGACCAGCCUACACGGGGUACACAGCAAAUGAAGGCUAUUAUGGCAAGGCCAAUCAGAACUCUGGUGGAUAUCAACCAGGUCGUAGCUCAAGACCAGGGUUUUGGACUGGAGUGGGAGCAGGUGGUUUGCUUGGGUACUUGUUUGGCAGCAGAAGAUCUCAGCCAAGCAAUUCGUUCCAUCCAUACCACAGGGAGAAUCCUGCAUUUUACCCACAGCAAAGGCAGGAGAAUAAUUGGAAACCUGAAAACACAGGAAGCAGAACUGUGUCAGGUUUUGGUGGGACAAAAAGAAGAUAAGGAAAUGAGCUACAAGAGCCAUGCAAAAAUUUAGUUGGUCAAAGGUUGCUGCUUCAGUCUGGCAGUAUAUUCUGAGGAUGUCGAAGAAAGACAUACUUGCAUUGCUCUGUAAUUUUAGAAAUUUAAUUGACUUAUGUAAACAUGCUAUCUUAUUCAAUUUUUUAAAAUACUGUGUUUGGAACCUGCAACACAGUUAGGGUGUACUGCAAAAUGUGAAAAAUGUUCAUGUAUGCAUGAGCAUUCAAGUCAAGAGUGGAGUUUUAAUUAUCUAAGUCAGUUUGAAGUAAUGUAUCAUAAAUUUAAAGGAAGCAAAAUUUGGGAAUCCUGGGUAUACUGUGAAAUAUUCCCUAUUAGUGAGGCACAAUUUAAAUAUUCUGGGAGCUAGAAGUUUGUAGAAUAGAACAAAAAUCAUUAGUUCAAACUAAUAAUUGUUUCUGGUAAAUUUUCAGUCUUGGCUAUCUUGGCUAUCACUUUCACUAGUGAUUCUGAUAAUUAGUUGUUUAAAUAACUAAAUGUUAUUUCGGGCAGGAGGGCAGCUGAUUGUUACAAAUAUGUAUGGAUCAAUAUUCAGCAGCAGGACCUACUCAAUAUUUAAUUUUACUUCUCAAAAAAAGGUUUCAGGCUAUCCUGUUUUGUGGGGUUCUUCAUGGAUCCUCCCACUGAUUUUCUCCAGUCACUGGUUUCUAGCCCCACUUCUUUCCCUGCGGGCUUGCAUUCUUCCAAGCAAUAUAAAAUUCCUUCUGCCCUGCAGGAAUGUCUACAAUUCCUUCAAGUGUUCUAAUUCAUGGAUUGUCUUUGGUUGGUUUCACUGUUUACAAAUAUUAUGGGGGAUGGGGUGGGAGGAGGUGGUUAACCUUCACAUGUAAGAGUCUGCCUUUGCUAGAUGGGAUCUGAUUGCUGAAUGAUGAGUGGGGGGAAAUAGUUAUCUAGUUCUGCCAUAACUUGAAGAUCAAAAAAAAGUGCAGGUGCUGGAAAUCUGAAAAUGCUGGAAACACUCAGCAGGUCAGGUAGCAUCUGGAAAUAGAAACAAUUACCAUAUCAGGUCAAAUGCCUUCAACGGAACAGCAGGUUAGUUUUCAGUUUCAUAGAAGGUGGGGGAGGGAUGGAAAGGACAGAAGAAAUAUCUGUAUUGGGUUGAGGCCAGGGUUGCUAAAGUGAUCCUGCUGUUUAUGGGACACUCUAGUUAAUAGACAAAUGAAGACAAUACGAAAGAGAGUGAGAGUGAAAGGGCAAUGGUAAAGCUUCGAAAUGCAGUUCAGACCUGUCUCUCAAUCCUUAAACCAAAAGCUAAGUGCUGGAAUAGCCGAAUAGCUCAGGCAGUGUUCGUAAAGAGAGAAAAUCUGAAUUAAUAGUGCAGAUGAAUAACCUUACAACAGAACUGACUCAUUCUGGUACAAACAAAAAGCAAACUAUAUGAAAUUAGUUCUUCUACCAUCCUGGUGGUAGUAUGAUACAAUAAUUUAUCAUUAAUAAUUGAAUGUCAACAUCAAUCCUCAUCAAUUAGUCUUUAAUAGAUCCAGAAGCAACUUCAAGAAGAUGCUUUUGAAGAGGAGUUUGGAAAACAUGGAUCAAAACUCAGCAUUUAUAUUUGGUAUUUGUGUCUUAAUAUUCAUGUCUUUUUGUGAUUCCCUACCCUUUUCCCAGUUGGAGGUUCUGCACAGUGUGGCAUUACUUUUGCUCUGAUGAUUACUGCACAAAGAUACCAGUGCUGUUCAGUUUGUAAAUAUUCAGCCAGUUCCUCAAUAAAAUUCUGACUUAUUCCUGUCUCUGAA